UUUGGUCAUUUUCUGUCUGUAGUUAUUUGUAUAUAUGUAGUUUUUUAUUGUCUCUGUAGUCAUUUGUGUCUCUUUGUGGUUGUUUUGUCUGUGUAGUGGACUUGUGUUUCUUUUUGGGUGGUUCUGUGUCUAGUUUUCUCUUUGUACCUGAUUUGUGUUUUUGAAGUUAUUUUCUGGCUUGUUUUUUGGACAUUUUCUGUCUUAGUCAUUUGCAUUUUUUGUAAUUGUCUUUACAUUUGUAGUCAUUUGUGUCCUUUCGUGGUGGUUUUGCAUCUUUUUGUAGUCUUUUAUUUUUUUAAAAUCAUUUUUUGUAUCAGUUUUAUGAUGCACACGAUGCAACCAAUAUUGGAAGUUGCCACUUCAGUGCAUCUUGACGUCUGCAGCCCUGAUGACAGAGAGCAGCAGGGGGAGCUGAACUCCACCAGGUUGCAUUUCAUUGGACGGAGAAGAUGUGGGCGGAUUUGCGCUGACGUUGCCCAUACUCGGGAUUAACUUGUUUUCAUGUCGCCAUAUCUAUCACGUUUUGCACCAGAUAGCCUGCUCACCUGCAGAUUAUUGAUAAGCAGUAUUAGAUAGCGCCUUCAAACCUCAUCUAGCUUGUGGGUCGUGCACAAAACUGUUGAUGGGCCACCGCGGAGGCGCGCAGUGCAAUGUGAGGAGCCUGGAUGAGGAGCAGUGCUGAUGUCCUGUCACACUGAUGGGGGCCGACGGCAGUAAAAACAGGAAGAGGCCUGUCGAAGGGCAGGAGGAUGAGGACUUCUCAUCUGGAUGGCGUGGCUUUCUUUCCAGCAUGGGUCUGUCUAUCCCAGCAGGCCUCUGUCGCCUGGCCCCACCUGCCCUGCGUCUGGGGCAGCGACGAAUGCUCCAGGGCAAGACCCCCGACAUCCCAGAGCACGUCCUGAGGUUGGCAGGAGUUGGCCCAGGCAUGCUGAGAGCUGAGUGGAGCCUGCCAGGGUUCAUUUCCAUGUUCCUGCCCGAAUUUCCCCACAGAACUGUGCCUGGGCACGAACACUUUCAGGUUUUGAGUUACAUCGCCAAAGGUUCGUUUGGACCCAUUCUUAAAGUGAAGGACAAGAGCAAACAGAAAACAUAUGCUGUCAAAGUUAUACCUAAAUCAGAGAUUUUAAGACUGGGGGUGCUGGAGCAGUCAAAAGAAGAAGUUAUUGUCCAGCGUCAGGUUCGCCACCCAUUUGUCCAUGACCUCGAGGACUGCUGGCAGACUCAGCGCCACCUCUACAUUAUGUGUGACUACUGCAGCACAGGAGACCUGUACACAUACUGGCAGAUGAUCGGUCAGUUCACAGAGGACACAGUGCGAGUGUUUGCAGCAGAGUUGGGAUGUGCUCUCGGCUUUCUGCACGACUUUGGGGUCAUCCACCGCGAUGUGAAGAUGGAGAAUAUCCUGCUUACAGACAACGGACACCUCCGCUUAGCUGACUUUGGUUUGUCCCGUCGCCUGGAGAGAGGAGGAAGAGCUUUUACCAUUUGUGGAACAAUCCAAUAUAUGGCACCAGAGGUGCUCAGUGGUGGACCCUACAACCAUGCAGCUGAUUGGUGGUCGCUGGGAAUUCUGCUCUUCUCAUUGGUCACUGGCAAGUUCCCCAUGCCUCCAGAACCAGACCACUGCCGUAUGCUGUGGAAAGUGAGGAGUUUUCCCUAUGAAAUGCCCCUCAGCCUCAGCUCCCCACUGGCCUUGCUAUUAACGGAGCUUUUGUGCAAAACUCCCACCCGCCGCCUGAGGACCCUCGAUCGCUUCAAACGCCAAACCUUCUUCCGUGGAACAACCUUUGACCUCGCCCUACUGCAGCGCCAGCCUGUGGAGGUGAUUCUGGAGCUGAGAGAGAGACCAGACCGGGCUGCCAAAGCUCGACGAGGCCUCACUUUAUCUCUGCAGCCUCUCAAAGGCUUCGACUACGACUCUUUCCUCAGCCCUCCCACCUCGCCAGACCCACAGCUGGACUCUCGCACACAAACCCACACAGCUGCAGCACCUCUCCCGGGCCCAUCACUCCAACUGCAGCCUCCUCAGGAAAAAGGCCCACGCAGGGAAGUGUUUGUGUGAAGGACCUUGAGUUUACAGAGGUUUACAUUAAGGUCACUAACACGUUAAAAGUUAAGGCCUACAUGUAUGUUUUUCUGCACAUUUUUAUCCUUACACACAGGUGUGGUGCGCCUUGUAAAAUGUCUUAUUUAGUAAAAGCCAUAAUAGCUGGUUAUGAUUUAAUUUGACCUUUAGUUUGGAAAGGAGUUAUUAAUUUGGGUAAAUUUUAUAAAUUUGAGACACCACUUAUCCACUUGUAUUAUUGAGUUUUAUGUUCACAAAUUUUUUUUCUUUUUUUUUCUUGUUUGCCUUUUCUCCACUGAGCACCUUUUCAAGCCUAUCUGCUCAACAGUUGUGCAAGAAAGAUUGCGCCAUUGUCCAUCUACUCUCAGUGACUGUUCAUGUCUGCCCUGGUACAUCUGUAUCAAACUCACCCCACAUGGAAAAAGUCAUGUUGGUCGAAGACACUGAUUUUUUUUAAUUGAUUUUUUUACAUUGUUAUAUUUAGCAUAGUUGAAAUCCUUUCAAACCUCCUCAACAAAAUGAGGGUAUUUCUCAGCUUCUGCCUUUAUUUUCAUGUUUCAUAAUUAUGAAACAGUUUUGGCAGAAGUAGAUGAAAGAAACUCCUUGCCUCAUUUUGAGUGAUUAUGCUGUGAUCUUUACUAUAAAACCUAUUCUGUACCUUAAAUUAAUGCUGCGAUAUAACCUUUCCCUAACUUGACCUCCUGUAUUGUUAAUUCAAAGUCAUGCAAGCAUCACAACAUCAGAUAAAGAUGUGUUCGCCUUCAACUUUAGUUUGAAUCAUUAUAACCUGCGACUCAGGGGAGCACUUGCUGGUUUUCCCAAGUCAGCCUUGAUUUUGACUCCAACAUGGCAACCAGCUGUGCAGAUCUGAGCUGGGACUGUAAGGGUUGAAUGAACAACAGUAUUGUUUACCUCCAGUUAACAUUUUGAUAGAAACAGGGCUUUUUCUAUUGUCUAAGGCUGCUGUAACCCUAGCCAGUAAUCACACCUUCAUGCACUUACCUGAUCAUCAGAUUACAUUAUGAUUUUGUAAAGUAUGCCCUGAUGUGUACCCAGAAUGCCUCACAUGUGUGAUCCUGAGCUUGCUUUUUUUUGUCACUAAAAAAUACUGAUUUUUAAAUUCGUCUUUAUAAAGUUUAUAUGACUAUUUUGGAUGCUAUUCGAUGUUAUAUGUUAUGUUACAAUGUAUUUUUGUAAUUACCAUGUAGCACAGAUGGAAUAUUAAACUCUUACUAUACAGAGA